AGGUGCAAUAAAGAGUGCUGAACUGAGAGCAUUUUUUAUUUUACUACCAAAUCAAAAUGUUUAUAGCCAUAUAUACUGUUCUCUUCUCUUUGGUCACAGAAGCUGUUCUGGGAGUGAAACUGGAGCAAAAAGAUCUCUCCAUGACAAGAGAGGAGGGCAAAACUAUACCUAUCAGUUGCAAAGUGACCGAAUUAUCCACUGAUUAUGUCCACUGGUACCAAAAGAAAGAAGGUGAAGCCCUCACAAGGAUCUUAUAUGUCAAAAAAGGAAGCACACCUGUUCAUGAUAACCAUCCUGAAGCAAAGGACUUCGAUGUGAGGAUACAGUCUGAUAAUUAUGAUCUGAAGAUAGCACGCCUGAAGAAAAGUCACUCAGCAGUUUAUUAUUGUGCCAGCUGGGCAGGCUACCACAUCUUCGGCUCAGGGACAAGACUUUAUGUCACAGACAAACAAAAGAAAACGCCUACAGUAUCUAUGUACCCAGUAUCCAACGAGCAGGCGAAUGGAAAGCGUGUACUGCUGUGCCAGGCGCAAGGCAUGUUCCCAGACUUGGUGAAAUUCACAUGGCGGGAUCCAAAUGGAAAAGAAGUGCAGGCAUCACAGGAAGGGUAUGAGCUGCUGGAGCAAAGAGAUGAUCAGGAAGUCCGAAUAACCAGCAUGCUCAUUGUACACCAAAGCAAAGUAUCAUCAUACAAUUACAAGUGCCUCGUCAAACAUGAGGAUGGAGAGCAGAGUCCAACCAUUCCAGAAGCUAAAAAACCUGUUGCAUCCACGUGCUCACCCCUACGAAAAGCAGAACAACAAGAAGAAGAGCAAGAGGAAAAUCUAACUUCUGGUUUGUUUGAGCUCAGCCGCAGUCUGUAUCUGUUCAGCGUGACGUAUGUGAUACUGCUGGUGAAAAACGUGUUGUAUUUCUGCACUGUCUCUGUCUUACUGUACAAGAGGAAUUCUGCUAACAAGGACAUGCUUAGAGGCAAAGCUCGCUGAUCGAUUUCGUAUUCUUGUUAGUUAAGAGUUUUGUUGAAGAGUGAAGUUUUGUUUAACUCUAUUGAAAAAAAAAAAAAUCUAUAGUAAUCCAGUUUGUUAAACAUCUGUUACUGUUAAUCAUCUCAUUCUGUUCAUAUUUGUGAUGUUUCUAAUUGCUGCUAUUAUAUAUCCUUUCAUGCUGCAAUCUUCUUUCAGUAGGAAAUUAAAAACAAUAACAACAACAACAACAACAAUAACAACAACAACAACAGCAAUAACAAAACCCCACUGUGGACUGUUUGGGUGGCAGCAUUAGCUUUCUCUAGUCCUUUAGUAGAAAUAACAGACAUAAAUCUUGGAAAUUUUCAUUUGUUCUACUCUGUACUAUGCUCUGUGGUAUUCUGUUUCUUUAGCGCUCUUCUUAUGACAUUGUGCUCUGUAAUAAUAAAAUGUUUUCAUU